GUCGAUAUGGCCGCUAGACUUUGGCAGAGAUUGGCAUUUUCCAGAUUUCCUAAUUCCCCGAAAUGUACCAUCAGAGCCAUGGCUACCGCCUCGACGGACAAAAAUCUUGUCGAAGUAGAAAAAGUUGGAAGUGUCCUCUUGAUUGGCAUCAAUCGCCCUGAGAAUCGGAAUGCAAUCAACCCAGCCACUGCUAAAGUACUUUAUUCUGCAUUUAAAGAAUUUGAAAAUGACAGUGACUGCCAUGUAGCAGUUCUUCAUGGAAAGGGCGGCUGUUUUUGUGCUGGGUGGGACCUUAAGGAACUUUCGACUGUGGACAAGCAAGACCCCAGGUCCAUGAUGGUAGAUGAACCACUGAAAACAGAAUACGGAUUUAUUGGGCCAAGCCGCAUGGCCUUCAGUAAGCCUGUCAUAGCUGCAGUGUCUGGCUAUGCUGUGGCUGGAGGGCUGGAGCUUGCUCUAAUGUGUGACCUCCGGGUGGUGGAGGAAAAUGCCAUCAUGGGCGUCUUCUGUCGCAGAUUUGGUGUUCCGCUUCUUGAUGGUGGAACAGUCCGAUUACCUCAGCUGAUAGGACUGUCUCGAGCACUGGACCUUAUUUUAACUGGGAGGCCAGUGGGAGCAAAGGAGGCAUUGGAAAUGGGCUUAGCCAAUCGAGUUGUCUCAACUGGCACAGCACUAGGGAGUGCCAUAUUGCUAGCCAACAGCUUGGUGAAGUUUCCUCAGGAAUGCAUGAAUGCAGAUCGUAGGUCUGCCUAUUAUUCCUGCUAUGAAGCUAAAUCAGUUCAGGAUGCACUGCAACAUGAAUACAUAGAUGGUGUCAAAGUUCUCACCAAGGAGUCUAUUCCAGGAGCAAAAACAUUUGCAGAUGGAAUUGGUCGCCAUGGAUCCUUUAAUCUGAAUGUGAAGUCAAAUUUGUGAAGUAUGACAGAUGUUUGUUAUUGAAAGAUAAAGACCAAGACUGAAAGAGAUAACAGAAUCAAGAGUACAGGUGUGGGCAAAUCGAUGACAUACAGAAGAUGGGAAUUUACAAGCAUAUGACAUAAGGGCUUCAUUGGAAGAAAGCUACCAGCUACACCUACAACUGGAACCUUCAACAUUGAAUUUUUAUAAAAUAAAAGAAAAAAUUGUGAAGCUAGCUGCUUAAUCUGACCAAAACUCAUAUCUUAUUUCAUUUAAUUCCCUAUCAGGUAGCUGGCUACUUUUCAAGGGUAGUCUCUCUAUCCAGUCAAUGGCAUAUUAAUUACAUGCAUGGUCAUUAUCAGGACAGCAUGUAUAAAAAAAACACACAUACUGUGUUUUUGUGCCUUAUUUCAGUGCUUGACUUAAGCUCGUAAAUGCUGAUUUUGCCGAUUUCUAACAUUCAAAGUACUACAAGAUAUUUAAACUAUAAUAUUUGAAAAGAAGACACAUACUAAUUACUUUUCCAGAAAGAAGUUCUUCCUUACAAUUUAGCUACAUUCUUCAUUUUUUAUGCUAAAAUCUUCAUCAAUGCCUAUCUCACCUGGGUUAAAGGGAUACAGAAUCGAUUCUGAUUGGCUGGUGUGAGAGAUAGCCAAGCUCAGUCUAUGCCUUGCCUGAAUGAAUUUUAGGUAUGGUACUUUAUUCAAGUGUAUCAAAGGUUGUAAGAUUUAACCCAAGAAACCCUGUCUCCACUGUCAGCCAAUCAGCAUCAACUCUGUAUCCCUUUAAAUUUGAUUUGUUUUCACCGCCAGCUCUUUAGUCACGUGAACAAAGAGUGUGCAGAUGAUUGGCUCAUAGCAGCUAUGACAUCAAUACACAACUAUGAACUGCAUUAUAAUUUCUAUCAAAUUAUAUAAUAAACCUGAGCUGUCAUCUUAUCUCUAAACUGUUUUUAAUGCUCAAUUAAUUAAUUGGGUGGAUUCUAAUUUUAUUGAGGUUCAUGUACCAGUACUGACCUUUAAUCUACCAAAUGUGAUACUUUCCAAAGUAUAUUUGUUUCUAAAAAUGUAACAUUGAAUAAACACAAUCAAUUAUUUAAAUAUAUGUUUCACAAAUAAAUUAUUAAUUAUGGAAUAAAAAAAGAG